CACCCUUGACCCGGAAGCACUGCCCCACUCAACAGCGUCAUCGUCGUGAAUUGUGCCCAGCCAUGCAUCAUUCGUGAAGUCUCAAGCGACUGCGUAAAGUAGACGUUGCUCAUACUCUCCAAUCGUUAAAACAUGGACUAAAUUCGAAGACGAAAGCUGAAUUUUUCCUCAUCCACAAUCAUGCCCGCAGCACCCGAUAUCAACUCUACAGAGCGCCUGGACGCUGACAUUCCAGGGGCGUUCCCAGAGACAAGUCGCAGCCAAUCACUCAUAUCAACCACUCAUCAGACACUCGCAGAUUCUCUUUACGAACGGAGAGAAGAAUACACCCGUCCACAGGAAGUGAAGAUCAAAGUGGGAAGCUGGAAUGUGGCAGGCUUGAAGGGUGUGGAACAAGAUGUAGGAGCCUGGUUUGUUGGCGGAAAAGGCAUGGAAGAGUCGCUCGUUGGAAUGAAGAUAAGAGACAAUCCUAGAGAGAGCGUUGAGAAUCAAGAAGCUAGACGCUCAUCUGUUGCCCCCACGGUACCACGCAAUGACGAGAAAGCCCUGCCCGGGGAUGAAGAGGUGGGCAUUUACGCCUUGGGGUUGCAAGAGGUAGUCGAUAUUACUUCAGCUACCGAAGCCUUGAGACCUUUCACCGACCCCUCAGUUGCAAAUCGAUGGAAGUUGGCUGUUGGUGCUUCUAUGCCUGCGGGCUAUCGAUUGGUAGCUGAGCAACAGUUGAUUGGGCUGCUACUUCUCAUUUACGUUUCCCCCACUGUCCAUCCGCAGAUCAAGGCCGUCAGCACUACGAGUGUAGGUACAGGAUUGAUGGGGUAUAUGGGAAAUAAGGGCGCUGUAACUGCCCGACUUAUUCUCGGCGAGACCACCAGACUUGUAUUUAUCAACUCUCAUCUGGCUGCUGGAGCCGAUAAGGCUGCUUUGGAGCGCAGGAUCUGGGAUGCAGCUCAAAUCACAAGCCGCACACGAUUCGACCCUAUCUCAGAACCAACAGGCUUGGCUCAUGGACAAGCAGAGGGGCUUGGAGACGAAGACUUCGCAUUCUGGUUUGGCGACUUGAACUUCCGUUUGCAAGGUAUGCCCGGAGAUGACGUGCGACGCCUAUUUACAAUUCACACGAAAAAACUCGACUCAGACGACACAUCCCCAAGCGAUGAUCGUAGUGAGAUCUCAGAGCAAGCCUCAAGCUCGCAGAAGACAAAAGACGCUGUACCUCUUCCACCUGAACUGGAUCCAGCAUCUUUGCAAACCACAAUCACGUCUCUUCUUCCUCACGAUGAGCUCAUUCAGCAACAAAAGACUGGUAAAGCCUUCCAUGAUGGGUGGCGGGAAGGCCCCAUUCGCUUUCUGCCUUCAUAUAAGUACGACGUAGGGAAAGUGGGUGUUUUUGAUUCGAGCGAGAAACAACGUUGUCCGAGCUGGUGUGAUCGGAUAUUGUACAGAACCAGAGCAGCGAAACAACGGCACGAUGCAAAAGUGAAGGAACAGGAGGAGGCAAGGAAAAGAGAUGAUCAGAUGAAAGCUGACGGGCUUGGCACGACGGACGACGAUGAUGAAUUGCUCUACGACUACGACCCCGACACCGACGGCGCUCAAGAUGCCUACGAUGAAUAUGAGGAUAGCCAAGACGCAGAGCCCGAAACUGUUGUUACGAAAGAGGGAUUCUCGGACGAGAUCCUUCUCGAGUACUAUACGGUUCAUAUGCGUGUCAUAUCAUCAGACCACAAGCCGCUAGAAGCAGGCUUCUCUCUCAAAUAUGACGCUGUCAUUCCCAACCUGAAGACAGCUGUUCAUCAAGAGAUUGCAAAAGACCUUGACCGACAGGAAAACGAGGGACGGCCCUCUGUCACCAUCGUGGUUGAUCGAUCUACCGGCUCUUUAUCACCACACAAUAAAAGUGUCACCAACAGUACUUUUGAUGGUGUGGACUUUGGCGACGUCCAGUUCGCAAAGUCCAAACGACGUAGUUUAACAAUAGCAAACACUGGUCGAGUCCCUGCUACUCUUGGUUUCACAGAGCGGCCAGUCGCUCAAAGUCAACCCCAGGGAGCUUUUCCGCCAUGGCUGACAGUUCAAUUCGAUCGAGACCCUGACGCGGACUCCAAAACCCCAGCGGGGAAUUUUAAUCAACAAUUCACCCUCGAGCCUGCAGACGUGUGCAACGUAGAGCUGAAGCUCAAAGUUGACAACUUAUCGUUGGUACAGGGUCUCAAUGAAGGCACGUCAUCGUUGGACGAGGUUUUGGUUAUCCGUGUUGAUGAGGGCCGUGACCACUUUCUGCCCAUUCGCGGCAAUUGGCAGCAAUCGAUCCUCUCGCGUACAGUCGACAAGUUGGUAAAGAUACCAGAAGGCGGCGUUCGCAAACUUCAAGGCCAGAAACCGGACCGUAGCGAAGCAGUGAGGUUCUCAGUUCCUCGCGAGAUUUUUCGGCUGACGGAAGCCAUAGAAGACAUGACCGAGCGAACGCUUGCCGAAUGGAGCAUGCGAGGAAGCGACAGCGAUGAAGAGGAGGCGCCUUGGAAACACAAUGCCGCGUGGCCGUUCGCUGGAUUUGAGUUCAACUCCGAUGAUGAGGACAUGCUCGCGGAUGUCUACGAUGUCCUUGAUUGCGAUGAAGCCUUCGAUAACGCUUUUCCUCCAGGCACAGCCCCGAAACGCAAACUUGCAGUUCUUACUAGAGCUUUGCUCACCUUUCUGCAAAGCCUUCAAGAUGGAAUAAUCACAAAAAGUUUGUGGGAGAAACUCGAGGAGAGUUUUAUUAUGCAUGAAAAGUCGAGACAGCAGUUUGCACCAGAUGACGAGAAGAUGUGGGCUCUCGAAAUUCUAGCAGAAGCACCUCACCACAAUGCUUCAUUCCUUCUCAUCAUCUCAACACUGCAAAAUAUCGCCAUGCAGAUCGUGGAGGCAUCAAAGCCACAAAGUCCUAGGUCGAGGCCUAGCAUAGAGCUGCCUGCAUCACCAAAAGCAUCCGUGCGAAGGAUGACACUGAGUAAAGACCCUCAAUUGGCCAUCAAGCAACUCGUCAACAAGAACCAUGCAGCUAUAUUGGCCGAGGUAAUGUUUCGCGCGCCAAAUUCAGGAAGGUUAAAAGAAAAAGACAAGAGCACAAGAAAGGAGAGGAUGGCCAACAUGAUUGAGUUAUUCUUGAACGAUAACUGA